UAUUCGCAAGUCUCCAGUGUCAACAUGGAUUCUGUCUACAUAAAAUAAAUCCUCCAUAAAAUGCACAAUAUAUCAUAAUUCAUGAUUGAAAAUGUUCAAAAAACUAAAGAAAAAGAUUGAAGAGGCGGCAGAGAACCUUCCGGCAAAAUCUCCGCUGUCUGCAAGCCCGCUCAAUCAGGGAGCCAGUUCUGCUGAGCCGAGCCCUGCAAAGAAAGAUGGGGAUGGUGUCAGGAAAAAGUUGGCAUUCAAUAACCAGCCAGCACAACCCCCAGUUGCUCAGUUGGUUGAUGUUGAGAGUACACCCCCAGUUGUUAAUAACACAACCAAUCCCAGUGUACUUGAAGGAAGCUCAACUGAGGGGUCACUCAUACAUCUUGAUGAUUCAGACACUGCAGUAGCUCAGGGAGGGGUUGAUUCUAGCCCAGCACAUCUUCCUGUCACACCAGUUCAAGUGCCUCGCCAACGUCAGCUUUCGGAGAGUUCUGUCACAAGUGAGAGCUCAUUAUUUUCACCAAUACCAAACACACCACAUCGUUAUCAAAUGCCAUCAGAUGUCGAAAGUGAGGCUGAGGACACGUCAUACGUUUUAGAUCAGGUUUCUAAAGAUGAACUGAUUGGACGAUAUAAGAUGAUGGAGCGGGGAAUUCUGAAAUAUAAGACAAAAUUCAGAGAGGUUGCUAAAGCUUAUAAAGACUUGGAGAAGGACAAAGAGAAGCUGAAACAUGCCUUAACACAGUCCCAGGACAAGGCAUUCAGGCGCAUCUCAGAGCUGAAGGAGCAAAGUCAACUGGACCAGUUAGCGAAGCAGCAUCUUGAGGAGAACUAUACACUAAUGUUAGAGGAGAAAGAUGAACAUAUGAAAGUGUUACAGAUGCAGAUCCAUUUACUGAAAGAAGGAAAAGACAUCCCUGAUGAGUUGAAACAGAAGCUUAAACAGGCAGGUCCUAAUGGGGAUGGAGGAACACCGAAUGGUGAUGGUGAUGCUUCUAAUGAAGACAAAGCAGAAGCUGCAAAUCUGAAGGAAAAGGUGAAGCGUUUAGAGGUUCUGCUGAACAAGUGCAAGGAGACAAUCAGAGGCAAUAAAGAGAGGACUCAACAACUGAAUGAGGACAAAGAUGCCUUGAUGAAACAACUAGAGGAGAGAAAUGAACAGAUGGAGCAAAUUAAGAUAAGCCAGGAAGAGCUGGUUACGAAGUACAAGGGCCAGAUAAAGGAGGCUAGGCAGGUGAUCAAGGACCUGGAGACAGAUAAACAGUUGGCGGUGGCGGAGGCUAAGAAAGAUCUUUUCCAGAUGGUUGAGGAGAAGGACGAGGAGCUAACAAAGACCAGGUCUAUGCUACAGACCAUUCAGUCUAAACUGCAGGCAACAGAGACUGAAAAACAAAGUCUAGAGGAACAAUUGGAGAGUGUUAAAAAAUCUGCCCAAGAGAAUAUCCAUAAGUCUAAAGAGAUCAUCAAGAAGGUUCAAGGAGAGAAGAAGCAGGCUCUUGAAGACAUGCAGAAGAGGCUCCAAGCUGCAGAGACAUCUCUGGAAGAGGAAAAAGAGAACUUGAUUGGGGAACUCUCACGUGGAAAGUCUGCUGCAAUUGACUUGUUGAAGCAAGAUGGGCUGAAACGUGUCCAAGAGAUGGAAGAACAAUUCAAACACACUCUGGAAGAAAAGGAAAAAGAACUGGAAGAGAAGCUCAAUCAGAAAGAUGAGGAGUGGAAACUCAUCAUAACACAGAAGGAGAAAGAGAAGGAGCAAGCAGUGAGUGAUAAAUAUGAAGAACUCCAAGCUAUCCUACAUGAGAAAGAAGAGGAGAUGAAAUUAGCAAUAGAAGAGAGAGAACUCCAGAAGAUGGCAGCCAUUAGUCAGCAGGAUAAUCAGAAUGAUGAGCUGAAACAGCGAAUAGAAGAAUUGAACAAUAGGGAGGUUGAACAAGGGAAUACCAUUGAGAAGUUAAAGGAGGACCAACAGCGUAUAACUGCAGACUUUGUACAGCAAAUUGAGGAGAAUUCUAGCAGACAUAAACAAGAAUAUGAGGCACUUGAUAAACAGCACAAGGACCAGUUAGAAAAUAUAAGAAAGGAGCAUGCAGAAGAGGUUCAACUGAAACUAGACGAGGCUAAAGAGUUGCACAAAACUGAGUUGGAAAAGCUGUGUGCCAAACAAGAAGCACUCAUGAAAGGGUCUAACAGUGACAUAGAGCUGCAGUAUACUACACAGUUGACCUCACUGACUGAAAGCCACGAGAGAGUUGUUCAGGAAAAGAUAUCUCAACUAGAUCAAUUAAGUCAACAGGUGACAACACUACAGAGUACAAACAUUGAUCUAACUGCACAAUUAGAGACAACCACCCAAGAGUUCAGCAAUAAAGUCAUCCAACUAGAAACCACACUAAGUGAACAAACUGAACAAAUAAACUCAUUACAGAAGGCUAAAGAGGAUAUUGAAACUGCUUUGAAGGACAAAACUGAGGGCUAUGAAAAACUCCAAAAAGAAAAAGAAAAUCUAGAAACUGCUUUGAAAGAUCAAACUGAGGAGAGAGAAAGAUUGAAGAAAGAGCGAGAAAACCUAGAAGAGGAAUGGGAAAAGAAAAAUGGAGAGCAACAAAAUAAUAUAUCAACAUUGCAGUCCCAAAUUAAUGCCUUAGAAACAACCACAGCAGAGCUCACAACUUCUAGUAAUGAACUGAGGAAUCAGUUAGAUUCCAAGAACACUGAACUAAGUCAAAAGAUGGAGGAGUUUGAGAGUAGAUUAACACUUGAAAAGGAGAAUCAUGCCAGUGAACUUAGUCGUGGCUUAGAAGCAGCAGCCCUCCAAGGACAAAGCUCAAUUAGUGAAGUGACUACAGAACUUAACAAUAAAUUAAAAGAAUCCAAUGAACAUAUUACACAACUAGAAAAAACAAUACAGGAGUUGAAGUUAAAGGAGUCUGAAUUGACCAACCAAGUGGAGAACAUCACCAAAGAAGGGGAGAACAAAUUAAGUGUCGUAAAUGAAAAUAUUCAGACUUUAAAUGUUAAGCUUGAGGAAUCCAACCAACUGUGUGGCACACUGAAAGAUGAGCUCCAGGGAAGCAAGGGUGCUGUCACUGAGAGAGAUAACCAUAUAAAAGAGCUGGUUGAUAAUAACAAUGACCUGAAGACAAGUAAUGAACAAUUGAAAUCUGACAUUGAUCUUAAGUCUGAACAUUUAAAUGAACAGUUAGAAAAAUGCACAGGCCUUCAACAAAAACUCGAAAAAUUGAGGCAAGAUUUAGCUGAGCAAAGAGGCAGUUAUGAAAUGGAAGUUUCUAUUUUAGAGGAAAAGUUAGAAAUAAAGACUGAUGAACUGAAUGUUGCUACGACACAGGUUAAUGAUCAAACCACAUUACUAGCAUCAUUACAGACUGAUUCACAAGGAAAUACUGAGAUCAUAAAGGAAUUACAAACUAAAAUCAAUGAACUUGAAAUUGACCGUCAUUUGUCUGAUGAGCAGCUCAACGCUACUAAAGUUGAUCUUGAGAAGCUUCAAACAUUGUGCAAUGAAAAGGAAAGUGCCUCGAAUGAAAAAUGUGUAGUCCUAGAACAAGAACUUGAGAAAGUGAGGGAAAAUUUGGCCGAACAAAGGGGAAGUUAUGAAACCGAGGUGUCUAUACUAGAGGAAAAAAUAAAAAUAAAAACCAAUGAGGUGGAUGAUCAAAGAACAUUAUUGGCAUCAUUGCAGACUGACAGCCAGGGGAACACUGCCAUAAUAGAACAGUUACAAAGUAAAAUCAAUGACCAUGAAAAUAGCCUUCAGCUUUCAAGUGAUCAGCUGAAAGCCAAUGAAAUAGAAAUUGAGAAGCUCAAAACAUUGUGCAAUGAAAAAGAUGGUGCCAUAAAUGAAUUAAAACAUACAGUAGAAAAAUAUAAAACCCUCGAGGAAGAUUUAGUACGUAUGAAAUCUGAAUUUUCUGAGCAGAGAGGUAGUUUUCAAACAGAGAUAAGUAUCCUAGAAGAAAAAAUUCAACUUGGUACAAAAGAGAAAGAGACAUUGAAAAAUGAUUUCCUUGUGCGGGAGAAUGAACUUUUAGAAAAUCACAAGAAUCAAUAUAUGCAGUUGACUGAGGAGUAUAAGUCUAAGAUGGACACUCUGUCAAGUAUGGAACAGGAAUGGAAAGCAAAGUUGAUACUGAGGGAAAAUGAGUUUGAGGGCCAGGAGAAAGAAUAUAAGAGCCAAGUGUCUGUUCUGGAGAAUUCCUGUAAAGAUCUUGAAUCAAGGUACCAGACUGAGGUUGCUGAACUGAAGCAACAAAUAGAGACUGAAAAAGAACAUUUGAAAUCAUUCCAAGAAAAUGUUAAACAGAAAUUCGAAGAACGUCAAAACCAAUUCAAAGAAAACAUUUCAAAACUAAAGGAGAAAUUCAAUGGGAAAAUGAAGGCUAAAGACACAGAGUUUAACCAAAAACUUCUGGAGCUGACACAGCAGAAGGAAUUAGGUAUGGAGGAUGUGACAAAGAACCUUGAAGCAUUAAAACAGCAGCAACUGGAAGAGUUAGAGAGUAGGCAUACAUCAGAGAUGGAGCAACAGGCCAUCACACACAAGGCACACCUGGAGGAAGCUAACACCACUUGGCAGGCCAGACUGGAACAGGUAACAUUGGAGCACCAUAAAAGAGUUGAUGAGAUUACUGUAGAGGGAGAGAACAAGGUGAAAGAGCUGCUUGAAAACUGUGAGGCACAGGUGGAAGAACUGAAGGCUACCAAAGAUGCUGAGAAUGCUACCUUGAAGUCUGAGUUGGAAAGUUCCCAGAAAAAGAUUGAUGAAUUGAACCAACAGUUUGAACAGGAACGCCAGAACCUGAUUGACCAAUUAGAACACUCGAUGUCAGAUCUGAACACACAGACGGAUGAGAUCGAGAAAACUAACAAGGAGCUGACUGUUCAGAUACAUGAGAAAGACAAUCUUCUCCAGGAGUACAAAGAAAAGUUUGAGUCAUUGCGGGCUGAAAAUGAACACUUCAUGGAACAAAAGCAGGCAGAAUUUGACAAGCUACAGAGCCACCUAUUGGAGCUAACUGAGGAGAGGGAUCGACUAAAAGAGGAUAUUAGAGAACAAAUAGGCACAAUGAGGUCAGAGGCAGAGACGAAUGGAAAUGAGCAGAAGUUGCAAAUAGAAAAGCUACAACAAGAGAUCAAUGUUCUCAAAACUGAGAAAGAAGAUCAUCAGAAACUGUCCCAAACAAAUGAUGAGACUUUACAAAAUAUGAAAAUAGAACAUGACAGGGAGCUUGAAGAUAUGCAGGAGGAGUAUGCCAAAUCCAUUGAAAAUCUUAAUGCAAAACAUGCAGCUGCUAUUGAAGAUUUAAAUGCUGCACACGAACAGACACUGAGUGAAUUAAACUCUAAACAUGACAAGGCUUUAGAGAAUAUCAGACACGAAAAUGAUAAACUCCAAGAUGAGAAAUCAGAGGAGCAUAAAAAUAGACUCCUUGAGAUAGAAAGAGAGUUUAAUAGCAAAGUGGAAAGUCUCAAUUUAGAACAUUCCAAUAAAACUCAGGCAUUAGAUGAUGAAAUCCAAUUGUUGAAAAAUAGCACUGAGACUUUGAAAGAGCAAGUUGAUGGAAAUGUAGAAGCUUCUAAAAUCAUGGAAGAAAAAGACAAAGAAAUUAAAACUAUACAAGAUAAGUUGACGGCACUCAGGGAAAAAGCAUCUGGGAAACUCCAAGCUAUGAAAAAGCAAUUAGAACAGAAAGAAGUCACUAUCGUAACCUUGAGAGAGGAGCAUACAUCCACAUUGGAGGCCACUAAAAUGGAAUAUGAAAACAAGAUAACUGAACUUGUUGAUAAUGACAUUGAACUGCAAGCCAAGUUGAAAGAAUUGACUCAUAGAUUAAAUGAUACGGAGGAAAAACUUCAAGAUUUGACUCAAACAUAUGAAACUGCUGUUGAAGAAUAUCGCAAUAAAUUAGAAUCACAAAGAGAAAAACAUAAAGCAGAAAAAGCUAUGUUGAAUGAACAAAUUGAUGAAUUUGAAAAUGCCAAGUCUUCCAAACUGGAUGAGAGCAGCAGGAUUUUAGAAGAAAAGGUGCAAGAUUUUGAAAAAGAAAUGAAAGAAUCAAGUGAAAAACAUACCAAAGAACUAGAGAAUUUAGAAAAACAGUGGGAAGGAAAGUACGAAACUGAAAGAAAAGAUUUGGAAAAUCAGUGGAAAGGAAAGUUAGAAGAUGUGAUAAACCAGCACCAAACAGACAUUGAAAAUAAUGAAAAAGUACAUAAAGAAAAGAUGCACGAAAUGAAACAGAAGUAUGUUGCUAAGUUCCGGGAAGUUCAGUCAGAUAAUAAUUUAAAAAUGGACACACUGGGAAAUAAGUUAACAGAAAUGGAAUCACGGAUGUCAGACACCAAAACAGCAUUGAAUGAAGAAUUAGUUUCAAAAGAUAAACAACUAGAAGAACUCAAAGUAGAUCUUGAACAACAACAAGCGAAGAUAUCUGAUUUAAACCAGAUCAAACUGGAUCUUUCUGCUAAAGAUAUCAUCAUUAAUGAUUUGAAAUCUCAGAUUGAAACACUGGAAGUGGAAAAUAAACAAGUAAUAGAGCAAGCCCAGACUCAACAUGAAAGCAUCUCUCGGGAACUCACAGAGAGAUUAUCUCAAGUUGAGUCAGAGCUUAAAGUGAGCGAGACAAAGUGUGUUCAAGUAAUGCUAAAUGAAGCUAACAUGAAAGGUCAGCUAGAGCACUUGGAGGAUCAACAUAAGGAAACACUGAAAACAAUGGAGGAAAGACAACUUCAACACACUGAUAAGCUCAAGGCUUUAGCAGAGAAGCUGGAACAAGAGGGGAACACUAAACUUGCAGAGCUUAAGAAAAAAGCUGAGCAAAAACUGUCUCAGAUUAAGAAACAACUUGGUGAAGGUAAAAAUGAGACAAUUGCCGAGCUGAAUGAAACUGUUGCUAAACUUCAAGAUGAGAUCUUAGAACUGAACACUGAUAAACAGCAAUUAAAUAACGAAGUGAGCCAAAUUAAAACUGACCUAGAAAAUAUGAAAAGUCAAUAUGACAUCGAGAGAGAAAAUGUAAAAAGUCAGCAUGAGAAUGAAAAAGAACAGUUACGCACUAGCUUUGCAAGUCAACUAGAAGCAAAAGAAAACAUGCUGGAGGAAUUUACUCAAAAGUCUGAGAGUAACCAAGACCUGGAAGUCAAACUAAAAAUCCUUAUUAAAAACCUAAAGAAAGAAAAGGAAGAACUUGGUACUAAAAUAGAAAACAUUGAAACUGAAAAGACUGAAUGUCAAACAAAAUUAUCAACACUAGAGAAUGAUUUAGAAAAAGCAAAGAGUGAAAUUCAGAGACUUCAAAAUGAAAAAGAGGUUGAUGUGAAGACGAUAAGGUUUGAAUAUGAAGGCAAGAUAUCAGAGCUUCAAGAGGAAUAUAAUGGCAAGAUAGAAGAUAUAGAGGUAGAGCAUGGGAGUAAAUUGAAGCAUCUGAUAAAAGAGUUCAAUCUGAAGAUGGCUGAAAAGGAGCGGGAAUUCCAACAAACUUUCACUGAAGCUAUUGAAAAAGGCCAGAAUGCGGACUCCAAGAUGAUGUCAGAGCAGCGAGAGACCAUGGAGGGUUUGUAUAACGAUCUACAUGAGAAGGAACGGCAAUUGGAAGAUAUUGAAGAGCGCCAUGUGUUACAUCUUAGGGAGCGUGAAUCAGAACUGCAGGGUAAGAUAGAUCAGCUGGAAGGACUGUUGGAGCAGAAUGCCCAGGAGCACCAGCAAGAGUUGAAGGCUCUGGAGGAGAGAAUGAACCAACACACAGAGAGGAUUUUAGCUGAGAAGGCUCGUCAACAUGGGGAGGAGGUGGAUGGAUUAACCAAGGAGUGGAAUUGGGAAAGAAAGCCCCUAGAUGUAUCAGACACAAGAACAUGUCAGGAACUGGUUUAUCAGAACCAACAGGCUCUUACAGCCAUUCAGAGUGGGCAUGAUGGUAUUGACACACUCAGGCAGACUAUCAUAGGACUCUCGCAAGAGACUGAGAUGCUGCGCGAAAAACACAGGUUAGAUUUACUGGAGAUCCAAGGAGCCAAGGAGAUGAACUCAGGUGUUCUACAGAUGCCUCUGAAGCCAGAGAGUGAAGGCACAGAGCAGCAACAGCUAGAGUUAUACAACAUGAACUUACAGGCACAGGUUUCUCAGAUGAAUGGAGAGAUUGCUCAACUGAAACUCAAGGAGAAGGAGAAUUUGGCGCAGAUUCACAUGUUACGAGGCAGGUUGGAGUCUGAGGGUACUCCACCACAGUCCCCACACGUGCAUGGGAGCAACAAUGUCACUGGGCCACUGCUUAAUGAAGUCACAGAGUUUGAAUACCUGCGAAACAUUCUUUACCAAUACAUGAUGGGUAACCAGACUGAAACGCUGUCCAAAGUCAUUGCAAAAGUAGUCAAGUUCACAGAUGAUCAGACGCAGAGAAUAUUGAGCAAAGAACAAGAAAGAAUGGUAAGACCAUCUGGGUCCACGGGUUGGUUUUCGUCCCCAAUGAAACAAUAGCAGGAUGAAUACUGAUGCUCGGACACAGGCACUAAGCUUCAAUAUCGAUGUAAUGAGCCAUAUGCUGGGACAUUCUCUCCACCACUUGUUAAAGUUCUACAUAUUGAUAGUCCAGAGACGGGUUUCUCAAAAAUAUUUUAACAUAUGCUUCAUUUUAUUUUUGAAAAACUUGAUCCAUAUGGAGCUCAGUAGGGGAGCAACACUACGUGAUAUCAUUGACCAGAGACAGAGUAUGUGAUGUUAGUCAUAAUAUUCCCCUCGAGAAGGUAUAGGAAUCUACAAGGAAUGCGAGUCAAAGAAUUGUUCAGAAAUCCAUGACCAGAGAUGAUAUCUCUAAUUGAUUACUAUUUUCCAUUAAACCUUACUCUGUACAAUGUGAUGCAUUCUUAAUGAAUGGUUUCUUGCCUUGUUUGCAUAUUAGCAACUAUAUAUCUGUCAUAUUUUUCAACUUGCAGGGGGCAAUUCUUGACAUAUUAUAUUGAGGUAGAGUAGACAUAGUAAUGGGUGAUUCAAGUGGGCAUUUAUCCAAUUCAUGCUUCAUUUGUUGGUUGAGAGAUAAAUGAUCACCAGAUGACAUUCUAAUUGUGAAUUAUGAAAGAACUUGUAUUAUAUUAAUAUUCUACAUGUAUAUUGAAUUCAGAUGGUAUAUCUAAUAUUAUGCCAUGAAUGGUGCUUAUAAUGAAUUAACUGUAAUGCCAUGUUUGAAGAUUUGAAAAAAUCAGUAUGCAGGUAGUAUUCGUUCCCAAUUUAUAUAGUAUUAUAGCUUGAAAUUUCACUGAUUGGGGUGUAAAUACUCACUGUGAGUUAUAAUAUACAGGGUGUCUCAAAAAAGGAAACCGAGAUUAAAUUGCUAAUUUCUUAAAGCUGAAUAAUGUAAGGGAAAAUUCGCAGGUGCCUUCAUUUGCAUCAUUAUGUCCUCUUUCAUAUGAUACCAAGAUGUUCUAUUUUCCUCCACAGAUGACUGAGCAAUCAGG